CAGGCUUGGGUGAAGUUGGCAUGCGUGUUCCAGGACGGGUCGAUGGAGAACACAGCAAGCGGACCACAGAUGUUGCUUUAAAGGAACGUGGACUAUACCAGCAGGAGAAAAUGAGUUUGGCAGAACCUGCCCAGUACAGCCAUCACUCCCCCUUAGACCUACCUUCAUGCAGCAAAGGCAUCCUAACUGAUUCCUCUCACAGCACUAGGACUUGCCCUGCCAAGCGAACAUUGACUUCCAAUGAAGUCUAUUCGGCCAAUGUUUGGAAAAGCAGCAAUUCAAAGGAACUCAAGAAGGCCGUUGACUUGGAGGGGAAGGAUGGCGCCGGUAACGAGAGUGAGAAUUCCGCCCAGACCAUGAACGAUUCUUCCGAGAUGCAAAUGAAAAUGGAUUUCUUCCGUAAGUUGGGUUACACUUUGGAGCAGAUCCACUUGGUGUUUCAGAAGGUGGACAGCAGCGCAGAUACCAACACCAUCCUAGGGGAGCUGGUGAAGACAGAAGGUCCAGUAGAGAAGGACGUGGGGGCAGAGGAGAUCCCUGUGCCUGCCCUGGUAUCUCGAGGUGGUUCCUCACUCAAAACUCCAAGCAAUGGGCCCACGAGGGAAGAGGCACGAGAGCAGGAAGCCAACUUGCGGACGAUUGUCAUCGAUGGCAGCAAUGUUGCUAUGAGCCAUGGGAAUAAAGAAGUCUUUUCUUGCCUUGGAAUUCAACUGGCGGUGAAUUGGUUCCUUGAGAGAGGUCACACAGACAUCACGGUCUUUGUCCCAUCUUGGAGGAAGGAGCAAUCGAGGGCUGACGUGCCAAUCACAGAUCAGCAUUACCUUCGAGAGCUCGAGAAGAAAAAAAUCCUGGUGUUCACCCCGUCGCGGCGGGUUGGUGGGAAGAGGAUUGUCUGUUACGAUGACCGCUUCAUUGUCAAACUGUCGUACGAAGCGGACGGCAUCAUCGUCUCCAACGACACUUACCGGGACCUGCAGACCGAAAAUCCCGAAUGGAAGAAGUUCAUCGAAGAGCGUUUGCUGAUGUACUCAUUUGUGAAUGACAAGUUUAUGCCUCCGGAUGAUCCCCUUGGACGGCAUGGACCCAGUCUCGAUAACUUUCUCCGAAUAAAACCUGUCAUCCCAGAGCAUAAACGUCAACAUUGUCCCUAUGGUAAAAAAUGCACUUAUGGAAUCAAGUGUAAGUUUUACCACCCGGAGCGGGUGAACCAGCCGCAGCGUUCGGUGGCAGACGAGCUCCGAGCUACUGCCAGGGCCUCUCCAACCAAAAACAUCAACGCUGGGAGCAGGGAGGAUAAAAAGGCCAAUGUGCAAAAGAGGUUGCCCUAUUCUGACAGUGGAGCAUUUAACCAGAGGGAGAUUGGCUCAUCACAGAAACAUAGUUCGGACUGGCAAUACCCAAAGCAGAAUGAUGUCGCUGGAGACCCCAGUGGGCCGUUGAAAGGAACUGCGCUAACCAAGGAUGCACCCAUCAACAUGAGCUCAGAGUGGUUUCAGCGCAUGGCGUUUGACCACAGCAUCAAUAGCUCAACCUGCUCCAGCUUACAUAAAAGUUACGAUGAAGGCUUUGCCUCUUUUGAGAAAGAAUUCCCUGAAAUGUGGCCUUCUAGACCCCAUAGUCACAAUGAACCAUAUCCCAUCAGCAAUGAACAAUAUUAUUUACCCAGAAACAGUUUAGACCAUCAUCAGUAUAGCUACCAUUCUCAUGAGUCAAUGCCUUCGUUGGGCCACUAUAGUUACCCUACACAAAACUCUACCACUGUCUCUGGGCGCAAUAUGCCUCGGGGCAGAAUAGCAGUCCAGCCUCACUUCAGUCUGUCUAACGAGUACAAUUCACUGGCUUCCACACAAUCUCAUGGUUGCUGGCCUGACUCACACCUCCCCUCAACCAACGGCAGGUCACAGAGCCUCCCUGACCCUUGGUCCGGGAACAGAGGGGACCGACAAGCUGCCGAGCCGUACUGGCCAAGCGGCCAGUGGGCUGCUCGCGACCAAUGCGAGGAGGAGCGGGAGAGUGUGCGCAUGAAGUUGUGUGCCAUCUUCCAACCCCACCUGGUAGAUACUGUCAUGAAGCAACACCCACAGCUUCUCGAUCCCCAGGAGCUGGCUGCUAGCAUUCUGAUGUAUAAAAACCGAAGACCCUAGUGCUUCAUGUGAAAUAUGUAGCAAAAUGUUUCAGUGUCAGUUCAGUUUAUUGUCACGUAUACCGAAGUACAGUGAAAAGCUUUUGUUGCGUGCUAAGCAGUCAGUAGAAAGACAAUACAUGAUUACGAAACGUAUGAACCAACCCAAGUUGUGAUUAAUGCAACUAGUAAUGCAAGUCCAAUAGAUUCACUGCUUGUGUUCACAUGUUUAUGAUUGUAUAAGUUCCUGAAAUGGAGUAAUUUUAAAAACUGGUUUUAUUAGUUUCGUUUGGUUUAGCGAAAUAGGCCCUUCGGCCCAAGGAGUCCGCGCCAAGCAGCGAUCAACCCGUUCACUAGCACGAUCCUACACACACUAGGGACAAUUCACAAUCUUUACCGAAUCCAAUUAACCUCCAAACCUGUACGUCUUUGGAAUGUGGGAGGAAACCGGAGAUCCCGGGGAAAACCCACGCAGGUCACAGGGAGAACGUACAAACUGCAUACUGACAGCACCCGUAGUCGGGAUCAAACCCGGGUCUCUGGCGCUGUGAGGCAGCAACUCUACCUCCGCACCACCAGAUUUCACCAUAGAAUUCCCUGGGGAGGAGUUCAUUCAAAAUACUUUCUACCGGCAUUUUGCCCAUAUCAUGUUUCAAACUCUGCAAUACAACUUUAUUUUGAUACAUAAGACAUGGUAAAAGUUACAUUAUUUCCAAAACGUCCAUGAGUUUUAUAAUUUGUUAUUUAGAAUCAUUUAGAAAUACAGAGGAUUUAAAAGGAUUUUGUCGAUUUAAGCCCGGUGACGUAUGUCGUGAUUUAUAUACUGUAACAUAAUUGUUAUGCAUUUUAAAUUGGUAUUGCACAUGGUUUAAUACAUACACUGUGCAGUAAUCGGCACCUGUACAUAUUGUUAUCUGUAUAUAGCAUGUACUUAAAAAGUACAUAAAUGUAUUGUGUGGUUGGUAGAUACUGUGGUGAAAAUUACAAUGUGCUUAAGUUGUGUGUUCAAACUGGUGAACACUGUAUUGUGUAUAUACUGUGCAUACUGUAAUCCAUACAUUUCAGGUCAGCGUUGCUAACUCCUGUAUUAAGUAACUCAGGACAGUUUCAGACUUUCAGGUCUUUUCGUAUGUUGUGUACCUCUGGAAACCGAAACAUGUUUCUGAUUCCAUUUGAGAAUGUGCAGAAUUUGUAAAAUGUUUCUACACAAAAUGUGAAUUGUGUGUAGAAACGGGUUUAUAACCUACGUUUGAAAAAAAAAUUGACUUGUGGGUCUUAGCGUAAAAUUGUGUAAACUUGCACUUUAAGUUGCCAAUGUGAAACUAUUUCCCCAUGAGCUGGAUAUGUUAGUACAUAUUGUACCUUUACUGAUUCCUAAUUCACCAUCUCCAAUGAGUUAAUAGUUGGUUUUGAAGCCUCUUCUGCAAUCGUGGCUGAAAGGCAAAUCAAAGUUGGCUACAUUGGCACCAUGUGCCAGUCUGAAAGUUGUACGAGUUAUUGACUUGGCUGAGGUGGCAUUUGAACAAUUCAGAUAUACAAAAUCAUAUGUAAUGGUUUUGUUCUAGUUAAGCAAACUGCUUACAUUAAAGAAGUUAUAACAUGGGAAGACUUUGUAUGCUUUUUUUAUAUGCAUGUUUAAAAAUAGGCCUUUCGAU